UUCUGGUUGAAGACUUGCAGCCAUGGCUCUGGACAAAUAUCUGCUCUUUAACGUGAGUACCCAGAUAGCAGCCUUCUGCUGUCUGUGGCCAGGACCUCUGAACGUCAACUGAAAGGUCUGACAGCCCAUUCAUCCUUUCGCCCUCUCCCUUCUAAAAUCAUCCGUCUGUCCAGUCACCCAUGUCAAUUUGCUAUGACAUACAUCAGCGUUGAUGAGAGGCAGGAACACUCUCGGGUAAUUUUGAGCUGCCACAAUAAUCAGCUGUAUGUGCAACAUGGCUUCAAGGAGUUCUCAAUUAGCAACACGCAUCCAUUAAAGAACAUGGACACUCGUAUUUUCACUGGAGACUUUAAUCCCGUAAAUAAAGGGGGCAACAAUGCAGGAACACAUCUAUACCAGAGCAUGGAGAAUCUACACUGGGCCACGGUAGCUGAUCCACACUGCCAUCCUCGCUGUGGAAAUGUAGACAAUAAACUUGUCUUUCAUUGCAAAGGCGCAGCCCACUCUUCCGGGUAUUCCAUGGAAGAUUCUCUAACUCCCAGUUCACCUGAACGUUACCGACACUUCUCCCUUCCAUCAGAACAAGGGAUCCCUUCAACGCAAGAUAUAGCGAUUUCCUUUUGUGCCAAAGUGCCUCCGUGGUUUCUUUCCUCCAUAAGUGGGGAUGCCAAAAAAAUCCUGAAAGAAAAACUUAGAAUUCACAGUGGUAAAGCUCCUGAGAUUUGCAAGCCCCUCAGAGCUCAGCCUUCUUUGAAUGAUUCGGUUGCAAGGGAAUGUUCUCAAUGCUGGGUCUGCCAGCAAUACAAGAAUGGUUGCUCCUCUAACUGUUGCACCAUAUUUGUGCAGCAUGCCACUCUUGCCCAUGCCCCCUGGCCUUGCUUUCAUAGCAGGCUAACCAGCCCAGAAGACAUCAAGCAAGAAGCCCAGAGAAGGUUGCAGAUCAGGAGGCAGAACAGCUCCCCCAACUUGACCCUGCAUUGUGCCCAUGAUAGUCAGAAAGUGAUCAAAUCCCAAACUAUGGGAUCAUUAAAUGGAGAGGGAGAGAGAGGAGAUUGCAAAGGGGCUCCGGGAGAGAGCAAAAAAGCCAAUUGCAAAGAGAGGCUCUACAUUCCAACGUUUGAAGAGUUCAAGAGGAUGAGAAGCAGGGAAGCCCUUUUUCUCAAUGGCAAUAGUGAAGUUGUGAAGGACAAAAUGGAAGCAACUCAAACGUUGGAGGAAAAAAGUCAAAAUCAGGAUCAAGUUAAAGGAGUAGUUUCAGCCAUAGAUGACGACGAUGAGGUGUUUCAUGAAAACAGCCAGAAUGCUUCCAGGUUUGUUGGCUGUGAAGAAAAUUCAUCCACGUGGGACAGAAGUUUCUGCCUAAUAAAUAUCCCUAUGGCCAGGGAUAGGAUUUCUGAAAUUCCAGCAUCAGAAACUGUGCCAGUUCCCAUCUGUUCUAGCCCAGUCCCAAGAUCACCUCUGCAACCUGCUGCGGCAUUUAGGAAAGAGGGCAAGAAAGAUUUUGCGGACGGAGAGAAGCAAGGAUUGGAUGAAACAAAUAUCAGGGAAACCCUCCAUUGCGCUGGACAAUCGCUGGUGCCCGAAACUCCAUCGUCUUGCUGCCCGCUGCUGUUAGAGACAACCGAUAUUUCCAGUUAUGGAGCUAAGCUUCAGAAAAUGAAAGAUGAAUUUAUAGGUACUGCUCUGGACCUCAUUAAAAAGAGCUGCACUGCUGAAACUACCCUUGAUCUCCCUUCCCCCAAAUCCUGUGAAGUUCAGAAAGCAAAUCACACUUUUGUGGAAGACUGUCAUCAAUCCACAAGCGCCACCUCAAAUUGCCGCAGAUCGAGUUCGGGCAUCUCCUACGAAACCCCGGUCUGCACCAAAGUUGAGCGGGAGUGUAGACUACGGCCUCAUUUCAGUGAUCCAAUGCCAACAGAUGCUGUAAAGAGGAAACAACUGGAGUUGAAGAUAGCUGCAGCGGCCCGACACCAUGCCCAGAAGCGCCGGCAAGAGAGAGAAUCCAGUCCAGCACUGACUAAAGCCACUGUCAACUAUGGAACCAAUGUUGAUGAGAAUCACCAUGUCCUGAGCAGCUCCUUUCGUUCCAAACACCGCUGGAGCAAUGUCAGCAGUCUCAGCGCAGAUAGUGGAAUUGCUGGUGGGAAUGAGGAGAGAGACAAUGCUGACACCACUAUUGGAGGGGUGCCAAGGAUUAGGUCAUCCAAGAUGGAACGAGCUGAUAGUGGUAUCAGCCAGGUGUUGAGUAGGAAGUGGAGGAACCGGGCAUCAGAAACAUUAACAUCUCUACAGGCAUGGGAAGCCCAUCAACCUUGCACUGACUGUGGUGGCAGAGAUUUUCCAUUGGAAACAGAUGUCCAGAAUCAAAACAGGAAACAGGCCAUUCUCUGUGAGAAGUGUCUGAAGUGCAGGACAGAACGGAAAGAAUCAGUGUUGGAAUUUGUCAACACUGAAGCUAGCUAUGGGGAAGACCUACGCAUCAUCAAGGAGGAAUUCUAUCUCCCCAUGCAAGCAGCUGGCCUCCUAACACAAGAACAGCUGUUGGUGGUUUUUAGCAAUAUCCAGGAGCUAAUUGACCUUAAUGAAAACUUUCUGGAGUAUCUUCAAGAAGAAAUCGAUCAGGCUAUUGAGCAGGGUGAUGAUGAUCUCAUGACAGUGUGCAUUGGUGAAAUAUUCCUGGAGUUUGUGAACAUGCUGCCUGCAUUCCAGACAUAUUGUCUCCAGCAGCCAUCCUCUGUGAACAUGCUCAAUGCAUUGGAAAAGGAAAAAGAGUUACUCAGGAUAUUCCUCAAUGUUUCUCAGAAUGACAACACCGCCCUUCGUCGCAUGAAUCUGAGGUCCUUCCUCAUAGCUCCACUCCAGAGAGUCACUAAGUAUCCCCUUCUUCUGAGCCGUAUCAUCAAGGCCACUAUGAAGUACCACCCAGAUUACAGCAGUCUGCUGGAGGCCAAAAGCCGCAUCGAGUCCCACCUGGAACACAUCAAUAUGAAAACCAAGCAGGAAGGAAAUUCGUGGACCUUGCGCUCCUUCCGCCAGGACAGCAAGAAGAACAGAGAGGUGAUCAACAUUGAAAUGAGGGAAACUGCUCUCAAAACGAUGGGCUGGCUGCGGGAAGAAACACGGUUUGUGAUGGAAGGCCCCUUACAGCUGGCCCAGCCACCUGAUGGACAAUGGGUGAAAAAGGGCAGCAAGACGUUAAAGUUCCAGAAGAUGCAAGUUCUCCUGAUGGUCAACAUAAGGCGUGCAUCUGAGUCCAGUUUCGAACCAGGGGAGCCAGGCUCUGUGAAAGAUGCAGUAUUGAUCCUUAUUCGGGAUAAAAACAAUGGGAAGUUCAGUUUGCUCAGGGAACCCUUGAGACUUAGCAACUGUGUGGCCUCUGUGGAUCCCGACUGCGAUGACACAUUUGAACUGCUUGAGAUAAGACGGGAAUCCUUCAUAUUUCGAGAUGGGGACAAGGCACGGACUCAUCAUUGGUUUAGGCAGAUCAGGAGGUACUCUCGGGAGCUGGGCUCCUGGAAGAAGCGGCGUAACGCUUUGCCCAAUAUCAUGAUAAGUGCAUCUCACAAUAGGUCAUGAGUGGGGGCUGCCCAAGAAAUGACUUGACCGAGCUCUGAACCUCCACUAGGUCUGCUUGAAUAUCACUUGUCAAUACAAUUGCACAACGGAUGAACUUCAGAUAUCCAAAUAGCAUUGGUGCUACCUAUGACCACUAUCUACUAGGAAGGACUUUCUAACAAGUGCUUUGUAGUGCUGUUUUCACACCGCAGGCUUAACUAAGUCAGGUAAAGGCACAGUGCACGUAUUCACGCAACAUGGUAUGCUUGAUGGGUCUUAACUGUGGUUAGGCUUAGCAAAAUGUGCAACCCAGAGCAUUGGUCAGUUCAUGGUUCCAUAUGUUGCGUGAUUCCAGGAAGUGGAAAAAUUCAGUAAGUACCAGGUUGAGCAUGCGGUGUGAACCACAACCAGUGUUUUUAAAUUCUAGGGGGGAAAAUGAGUCCAUAUUUAAACUUGUUAAAUCUUCUCAUUACCUAGACCCUAACCUAGAAACCUCAGUGUGGAAGCUUAACCGGGAUAUACACGUAGGCAGUGUCCUCUUACAGCAUUCUUAGUUCGCAGCUAAUACAGAAUCCUCAAUGCCAGAACUUCUGAGAUUAGAUAACGCAGAACACUUAGAGAUUUCACCGAUCGAAUCCUCUUUUCCAGCUUGAGUAGUUCUGUUCACAUAGAAGCACACUUUUGGGAAACCCUGACUCUCUCUUUAGGUCUACCAUCAACUCAAUGUAAGAAUUAUAGCCUCUUUUUCCUGGGGCCUGCAUUCCCUUUGAAAAACACCGGAGGAAUAAGAACAGAAAGGCUCAGUGGAAGUAAAACUGCAGUGCCUAUCGUCAUAUUGAGAACCAACCUAUCAUUUACAAAGCUGGUAUCAAGAAAGAAAGAACUUACUUGCCUGAAUUUCCUAUACAGGUAGUCCUUGAUUUAAUGAAAUCAUUUGGGGUUACAAUAGACUUGGAAAAGGGACUCUAGGACCCAUAAAACAAGUCCAGCCAUUGUAAACUGUUGCGCCCCUGUGAUCACAUGACCACAUUUUAGGUGCUUGGCAACCGGCUUACAACCGGUUGCAGCGCCUUGCAAUCACAUGACUACAAUUUGCAGUGGUUUUUACUAGCUUUCGGCAAAACCCCCCAAACCCCUCCCAUUUGGGAGAAUGGGUCCAAAUUUACGACCGCAUGAUUCACUUAAUAGCUGUUAUAAAAAUGUCUGUAAAAUUGGAUCUGGUCACAUGGGACUAAGACCAUCAUGACGUAUGACCGAAAUUCCAGUCCCCAUGGCAGUCAUAAGUAGAGGACUACCUGUAAGCACUGAACAAAAUAUGUGUUGUUGGGGAUCGGGUCUGUAUAACAGGAAGUGAGGGCAGCAUUCUGCUCUUGGCCACCAGCCUAAGAAGUAACUAGAUGGGGUUUUCAUGUGGUAGAAUGUUAAGCUCCACUUCUUGUAAUAAAUAGGUUCAACAGCAGCGACAACAAAAUCAGGGUUGUCUGACGGAGGAGAUGGGGGCAGAGUGGAAGAGGGCAGGCCUUUUAGGUUUGUGACCUAUUGGGGAUAAUAAUCCUCUUGUACGGUAAAUGGAUAGCGUUGGCUUCAGAUCUAAGGAGCAGGUCUCUAAGAAAUAUUGAACUAAUAUUGUUAAUAUUGUGCAACGUGACCCUGCAUGACUGUGCUGCGGAAAGGCAUCCUGGGACCAUGUAAUAGAGAUUUCAUUGUAUGUAUAAUAGCGUUAGGUAACAUGCAGGUCAACUUUAGAGCAGUAUUAAUCCAAUAAGAGAGAAUGUUUAGACAGUGUCAUUGUUUUCACAUUUUAGCUUGCUAUCCCAGGAAAUACUACUUUUAGGAGUUGUUUUUGCUUCUAGGAGAGUUUUAUUUUAUAAAGAAAAUCUACGAGUUUUGUCCUCUUUUGCUCUCAAGACCAAGUAGGUGCCAGUUUAUUGAAUUUUACAUUGCACAGAAUGCAUGUAAGAUGUAAGAUGGAAGGGAAGCCAAAUACAUAUUUGACAUUCAGCCACAACUAUUCCUGAAUAUCUAUAGAAUCCUGCGGAUAAGCAAUAGCCUCUUUAUAAGCACUAGUGGACUUAUUUGUAAAUGAAUUAAAGAACGACUGUAGAAAUCCAAUUCUGUAUAUAUCAAUUUGUUCCAAACUGUCUUCUGUUAAUAAUGUUCAGUCAGUGAUGGGAUUCAGCCAGUUCGCACCUAUUCGGGAGAACCGGUUGUUAACUUUCUAAGCAGUU